AUGGGGGUCUGCUUCAGCCAGGAUGUGGGUUGGCUUCUGCCAUUCUUCAUUUUGCUGGUAAUAAUUAAUGCGUGGCCCACCUGUGGUCAAGUAUGCCCUCAGCGGUGUGAGUGCAUCAGCAAGCUGAAAACCGUCUCCUGCCAUGGUAAGCGACUGUCUGCGCUGCCCGACGGUAUCCCGUCAGACACCAGGACCCUGGACCUGAGUGGGAAUAAGCUCCGCUGGGUUGAGCAUGGUGACCUGCUUUCCUUUCCUCAUGUGGAGAAGCUGGAUCUAAGUGAAAACAUGAUCAGCGCCCUGGAACCAAAUGCUUUUUCCAGUCUGCAGAGCCUGCAGUCGCUUUCACUUAGGGGUAACCAAUUAAAAUUGAUCCCCAUGGGGGCUUUCUCACACCUUUCUAACCUCACCUCCCUGGAUCUCAGUGGGAAUAAUCUUGUGAUUCUUUUGGACUUUACUUUUCAAGACCUUAAGAGUCUGAGGAACCUGGAGGUUGGAGACAAUGAUCUGGUAUAUAUUUCAAACAAAGCCUUUCUGGGUCUGGUGGCACUGAGAGAGUUGACGAUCGAGAGGUGCAACCUGACGUCUGUGUCCAGUCAGUCUUUGUCUUACCUUCACAACCUAGUGACCCUGCGGCUUCGCUACCUUAGUAUCUCCACAUUAGAGGACCAGAACUUCCGCAAACUGGGAAAUCUAAAAGGCCUGGAGAUUGAUCACUGGCCCUAUUUGGAAUAUAUCACCCCCCACAGUCUGCAGGGUCUCAAUUUAUCAUGGCUGUCCAUCACGCACACCAACAUCACCUCUGUGCCCACCUCCGCUCUACGAAGCCUCUCCCAUCUCACCAGCCUCAACCUAUCCUUCAAUCCUAUUUCGGUACUGGAAUCCUGGUCACUGCGGGACUUGCUACGACUGAAGGAGCUCCAUCUGGUCAACAGCAGGCUUGCGACAGUGCAACCGUACGCCCUGGGGGGUCUCAGACAAAUCCGCCUGCUUAACCUCUCCGCCAACAACUUGGUGACUCUGGAAGAGGGAGCUUUCCAGUCGGUCAACACUCUGGAGACGCUCCGUUUGGACGGCAACCCUCUUGCUUGCGAUUGCCGCUUGCUUUGGAUCCUUCAACGCAGGAAGACACUGAAUUUUGACGGCGCAUCCCCAGUUUGCAGGACGCCUGUGGAAGUUCAGGGACGGGCUUUGGGCGCUUUCUCGGAUUCGGCCCUCUUUGACCAUUUCACCUGCCAGAAGCCCAAAAUCCGCAACAGGAAACUGCAGCAAAUUUCAGCUCGCGAGGGGCAGGUGGUGUCGUUUGUUUGCAAGGCGGAGGGCGAGCCAGAGCCGGUGAUCUUCUGGAUAUCGCCCCAGCGGCGUCGCAUCACUACGAAGAGCAGCGGCCGCUUGACGGUCUUAAAGGAAGGCACCUUAGAAAUAAGGUACGCCCAGGUGAUAGACACGGGAACGUAUAUCUGCAUUGCCAGUAACGCGGGAGGGAAUGACACAUACUUUGCUACACUCACAGUCAGCGGGCUCCCACUUGAUGCCGCCCUCAUGGCCAACCGCACUUACUAUGCAGGGGACCUUAAUGACACGAACCUGAAUGACACCAGAGUUUUCCUGAAGUUCACUCUGGACCUAAAGACCAUCCUCAUCUCCACAGCUAUGGGCUGUAUCAUGUUCCUAGGGGUGGUCCUCUUCUGUUUCAUUCUGUUAUUUGUGUGGAGUCGCGGAAGGGGACAGCACAAAAACAAUUUCUCCGUCGAAUACUCUUUCCGAAAGGUGGAUGGGCCAGCCACUAGCGGAGGGCAGGGCGGUGCCCGCAAGUUCAACAUGAAGAUGAUUUGA